AGAGGCGCUGCAGGAUUUUCCAACCCCGUUGAGAGUUGUUCGGCUGGUUUUCUCCUACUUUUCCUUUCCUGUAGUAAAAACAGUAAACAGUGGAUCGAUGGUCGGUGUCUUGUAAACCUGGAACAGCAGAAUGCCAAAGAAAAAGAAAAACGGACAGAGUCCUUCUCGAGGCACGAGGCAGAGGGCCGAGUACGGGAGCGGUCCCGAGAGUGAGAGUCGAGCACACGGGACGAAUGGCUCUGCUGUGACCCAGGCGGACUCAUCAUGGGGAUAUAGUAACUACUUUGGGUGCACGCUGCCCAGCAGCGGUCAGUCGGGAUCUCAAAGCCGAGACAAAGUCAUCCAGGGAAUGCAAGAAAUGUUUUCACAUCUGGAUCCUGAAGUUAUUUAUAUGGUGCUGUCAGAGUCAGAUUUUAAAGUUGAAAAUGCAAUGGAUUCUCUUUUGGAGCUGUCAAAUGCUGCUGAAGGCACAGACCUGCCCCCUCCUCAUGUCUCAGGGUUCGAGCAGGCGGCUGCUCUACUGGGAGCAAGCCACAGUCAAACAGAACUUCGCAGUGGAACAGCGCAGAGCUUUACUUGUUCAAACCAGCCUGCAUCUCAACCGAAGGUCAUCCCUGAUGAAACACACUUCACAGAAGACUCAGAUACGCUCCUAGAUCAGGAACUUGAAACGUUUACAUCACAAGCUACUCCUAUAAUGUCCUCCAUACCGCUCUCUGCUCUGCCUCCUCCUUCUCAGUCAAUCCCUCUCUCCUCUCUGCCUCCUACAUCCCAGACUCAUUUUCCUGCUGCUCCAACCUUAUCAGAGCUCGAACAGUUAAACCAAGAAAGCAACCCUGAAUGUGUCUCUGUGGCUGGCAGUUCACCAGUCAAUGAACUGAGUUUUGGCGGCGGUUGUAUUCCUGAGCAGAAAAACAUAUCUCUUGACUUUAGUCAUCUAACAGUGGAUGCCAGCUCAGGUGAACAGCGGCCGUCUGCCUUCCAGGUGUACCGCAGGCCUGAUCAACUUCCUACCAACACACAUGUUUCUGCAGUCAGCCGGUAUAGUGAAGAACUCCGCACACCAGCCAUGUUCUGGAACACACGUGCAGCUGAGUUCAAUCCCCGCAAUGUUGGGCCGGCCUUCAUCACGCCGGUCAUGUCUAAUCCCACACCCUGGAAUAUGAACCCCAUCUCUGGUGCUCAAUGGUUGGCUCAAAGACCUAUAAGACAAGCUCCUUUGAAGCCCUCUGCAACUGUACCACAGUCAUGGACUAUGCCCACGAAAAAACGUCUUAAAUUGGAGGGUCAUGUGCUGGUGUUACUUAGAGGGGCUCCUGGAUCAGGAAAAACCACCCUUGCCAUGGCUUUGCUGGAUCAUAACCCAGGAGGGGUUGUUUCGAGCACUGACAAAUAUUUUACUCGAAAUGGACAUUACCAUUACGAGCCACAUUUACUAGGAGAGGCUCAUGAGUGGAAUCAAAAGAGAGCAAAAGAGGCUUUUGAAAAAUGCCAAACGCCCAUCAUAAUAGACAACACAAAUAUGCAGUGUUGGGAGAUGAAACCAUACGUUGCCAUGGCACAAAAAUACAGGUAUAGGGUGCUUUUUCGUGAGCCAGAUACCUGGUGGAAAGCCAAACCCAGAGAGCUGGAGAAGCGCACAAGACACCAAGUAUCAAAAGAAAAGAUCAGACAUAUGCUGGAUCGAUAUGACAGAUUUGUCUCUGUCCAAAGCAUCAUGAAUUCACAUAAAGCAGAACCUGUACCAAGUGUUGUGGACUUAACUCAAGCUGAUGCUGGCCAACCACAGGAGUCUUUCCUUCCUGGCAUCAGCCAUCCUGAUCUUGUUGGUGACUCUGAGUUAAGCAAACUGAAUCCAUAUCUUUCCUCAUCACUGCCUGAUGUGUCCUCAGUUAGACAGAUGUUCGGUACUUCCACUGGUGAAGAAGAAGGUAAAAUGGGAUCCUUCGGUUCUAAGGAGCCAAUGCUGUUUUGUGAGAAUGCUCUGGAAGGGUCGGGGACGCCACUGUCUGACCUGCUUGAUGGAGAAGAUUUGGAUGUGGAGCUGGAUGCCUGUCUUGUGGACACCGGGACAUCUAAAGAGAAGUUUCUAGAGCAGCCUGUAGCAUUUUCAGAGUCCAUUGAUCAACGAGUAAAAAGGGACAGAGCGUAUGUUAGAAGUGUACCGGGAGUAAAUAUCAUGGAUCGACUUGUGAACUUUAACUCCAGUGAUGGGCCUUUAGAGCAGGAAAAGGAGAGGGAAUGUGAAAAUGAGCCUCUUUCUGAGGACAAUGUAGUUCGACCAGAGCUGUUGGAUUUUGUGGGAGACUGGCCAAUGGAAUCUCAAGCCCAGCGGCAAGGAAGACAACAAAGCUCAAAGAAUCGCUCUGUAAAGAACGUGGAGUCUAGUGCGGUGGAAGACAUAGAGAAUGUUUCUUCUGAUGAGGAGAAGCAGUAUGGUACUGACGACCUUAAGGAAGCUGAAUUUCAAAAACUUAUAGAUCUUCUACAAGGAAACUCAUCUCCAGCUUCUCAACAUUCCUCAUUUUGGGGUGGAAAAGAGGAGGACUUGACUUUGGAGACCAGGUCUGAGCUCCCUGACUGUGUGCAGAAGUUCUCAGAAUGCACUGACCCAAGUCAAGAUUUGUUGAGUUCUCCAAUUCCCACAAAACAAGAAGAACAGACCGAGCAGUCAGAUCCAGUGUCUGCUGAGGACACACAGGAGAAGGUUGAGGAGGCGGAGCUUGCUGUGCCGGCGGAUAAUAGCAGCAUGAGCCCCAACAUACAAGGAAAUCAGUGUUUAAGGGGUGGUUUAGAAUCUGAAAGCAGUCUGGAAAGACGGAGAGGGCUUAAUCGAAGAUCAGGAAAAUCUUGUAAACUGGCACUUACCUUCACCAAUCAAUGUCCCUCCUCACCACCCUCACAAUCUUCAGUUAUUUCACACCUUCUCCCUGAUCCCACACCAUCACUGGUGUCAUGUUCCAGUGCUUCAACCCAAACACACCCUCAGGACUUUGCUCUGAUUUGGCGAAUUGACCAGCACAAAUGUACUUCAGAAGAUUUUACUGGUGGUGCUUUGGUUAUAUUAGAAGGUAACUCUUUGCAUUUCAAUCCAAAAACGAAAGAAGAGCAGUCUGCCUGCCAACAGGGGGUGCCAUAUUGUGUUGUCCACGAGAAAGGCUCUCAGGUAGAAGAGAAUGAAUUUAAGGAAUGCCACUCCAAACAGUACAACCUUGAGAUUCUAAGUCGUCACUUCAGACGUGUCUCCAUGGACAUCCUGGAGGACCUUUAUGAGAAGUGCCAUCAAGAUAUGGAAUGGACAACUAAUUUGUUGCUAGAUUCAGGAGAACAGCUAUAUAAAGAAGACGAGGAGGCUGAAUUGGGGUCUCUUCAUCCUGUGGAUGCGGAGAAAGAUCUGUCCAUAGAAAAAGUGAUGGGCUCAGAUGUUGACCAUGCCAGAGAUGACCAAAAUGUGGACUCAAACAAAAGUUCACCAAGUAGCAUCAGUCCCAAGUCACAAGAAACUAACUUUAGUGACUUGAGCCAGGCUGAUGAUGAUUGGAGCACUGGACAAAGUUCACAAAGUGAAGCUGAAGGUUCUGAUGAGGGUGUCAGCAUGAAACGUGAGUCAUCCAUUGUAGACCAACCAACAGAAGACACUGGUGCACACCUAGAGGUUCCAGUAGCUAAUGUUGAAGUGCCAAAUAAAACAGAUCCAAGCCAGAUAGAGACAAUAGUUACUGAAAGUGAGCCAGUUGUUCAAUGCAUGGAGGGAGAAUUGGAGGAAUGGAGUGAGGAGGAUGGAGUGGAGAAAGAAAAGGAAGAUGAAGAGAUGAGACCAGAAGUGGAUGCCAUAGCGCAGUUACUCCUGCGUCAGGUUGAUGAAAUUGAGCGCAAGGAGGAGGAGGCGAGGAAGGAAUGUGAAAAGGAGAGAAGGAGAACUGAACUGGAAAGAAGAAAGCCAAAUACAAUGUACAUUCAGACUCUGGAGCUAAAGCUUCCAACUGAACUUGCAUUGCAGCUCACUGAGCUGUUUGGACCUGUAGGGGUCAGUCCAGGUGCCUUUUCAUCAGAUGAUUGUGCAGUGCAAAUAGACCUAAACUUGGCCAAACUUCUGCACCAGAAAUGGAAAGAAACUAUCCAAGAGAAGCACAGACUGGCUGCCCUGUCCUAUCAGCAACUGCAAGAGAAUACCGACCAUUGGGGUGAACCACAGGGAAGCAAAGGUUUGUAUGAAGAUGCUCCUUUUAUGGACCACUGGAGUGUGUCCUGUCCCACCGUCUCUCUGAGGGACAUCAUGAUUGAAGAGCAGGUGAUGCAAGACAGCAUAGAGAAGUCCAGGUCAAGCCGGAAAGAUCUGAAUAAGAAAGACAGCGCAGCCAAGCUGAAGGAGUACCAACUCUUCUCGAUGUUCCCCACCAUAGACCGACAUUUUCUGAGGGACAUCUUUAGAGAUCACAAUUACUCUCUGGAGCAGACCGAACAGUUUUUGCACGCUCUGUUGGAUGACGUGCCGGUCAGAAACGUUGUGGCCUCUGAACCCGCCCUUCAGCGCAAUGGCACAAGCAGACCGCAGAGCAAAGAGAGGAAAUGGAAACCGAGAGAUGUGCAGGCGGAAGCAGCUCAGUUCCAGGAUACGGAAGACCCGGAAUAUGAGGACUUCCGCACAGAGGCAGUGCUGCAUAAGCGUCGGCAGAUAGAGAGUUUUAACAAAGCGGCUGAAGCCUAUAGACAAGGGCGCAAGGACGUGGCCAGUUUCUACGCGCAACAGGGCCGCACGCAUGGAGAGAAGAUGCGUGAAGCAAACCACCUCGCAGCCAUGCAGAUAUUUGAGCGGGUGAACGCUUCGCUCCUGCCUCAGAAUAUUCUAGAUCUUCAUGGAUUGCAUGUGGAUGAGGCCAUUGAUCACCUUUCCAAAGUGCUUGAUGAAAAAACAUCAGAGUGGCAUCAAGGUUUGUGCGGCCCCCAGCUUUCAGUCAUCACUGGAAAAGGCAAUCACAGUCAAGGGGGCAUGGCACGUAUCAGGCCUGCCGUACUAGACUACCUCAAAAGCCAUUACUACAGUUAUGCUGAGCCUAAAACUGGGUUGGUGUUGGUCACACUACAUUAAAUAAGAUGCUACAAGUGAAGUGUUUACUUUAGCUGCCUUUAAAGUGUCUUCCCGCAGGUCCAGUGGUAACAGCAACGCUAAAGUGCUUUUGAUUUUAAACUACAUACAUCUCUCUGUGCUCUUUUUGGAAUUGUGCAUCUCUGCAUAUUUACUCAGUUAUAGUGUAUAUUGGCUUAUAUACAUUGUUUACUUUGUUUAUGGAUGUUCCCUUACAAUAAUAGAACUGAUCCCACUUUCUGCUGAGUGUUCUGAAUUAUAGUGCUGUGAUCGCUAGUGAAUAAUCUCUGAGCUUUACGUAAAUGCAUUUUGUCAAGGCAUGAAGACCACAGAUUUUUUGUCUAACCGUACCAGUUAUUUGUAAACUGUAUAGCAGUAAGCAGAAGGGGGAUGUUUUUUAGGUAUGUAUUAUGUUUGAUAUGUCAUUUUAUUGUUGUUCAUUGAUCAUGUUUUUGGUUUGUAAACAGUUUUACAUGACGUAGCAGCUCAUUGUCAGCUGUGUUCAGGAAUGUUAAAUGAGGACAUCAGAUUAUUAGCACCUUGCUUUCCACAGCAUUCCUAUAUAUAUCUCAUUCAUGGAAAAUAAAUACUAAUCUUUGCAUUUUAAUUUACUGUGUUUGUGAGUAGCAUAAAAAGGGCUGUGUCUUAAAUAAGAAAUGUAUUUUUUUAUUUUUGAACACUGUUUUUGGGCCACGAGUCAAACAUUGUAUGUUCCUUUGUAGCGCUGAUCUUUCGGUUUUAUCUCAUCUUUGGCUUUUAUACAACCAGUUUAAGAUUUUGUGAUGUAACAUUGUUUUAUAGGCAUCUUAAUGUUGCUAUGCAAUCACAGUUCUUAUGUGUGAGAAUUCUCACAACUGUUCUGAAAAUAUUUUUGAUGGAAAUUUAUAUAUUGAUGGUAUAUUUUUAAUCUUUUCAAGAAAUUUUAUAGGCGAACUUGCCCGAUUAAUUUUGUUCAUAAAUGAUGAUGAAACAACUAAAGAAUAAAGAGUUAACAUGUACACAUUUUGUUUGUUUAAUUUUGGUGAAAUUAAAAUGCAGUAAAGUGU